AAAGACCUCAGAGAGAGAGCGAGAGAGAGAGAGCCACAAGCUAGCCCAGCGAGCAAGCCAAGGAGUUUGGGCAGGCAGCACCGCCCACGGGGGGCGUCGCAGUUGGGGUUGCCGCUCCGCCUCCUCCUUCUUCUCCUGCCCUCUCUGUCUUCCUGCCACUCGCUUUUCCGAGGCGAAGACGCCGCUGCUUUCCAGGAGGGGUGAACGAGGACCAAAGGGAGGGGGAGUAUUGUCUCAGCGACUGCUAUGGCUCCAGUCCUAAGCAAGGAUCCUGUGGACAUAGAGAAUAUUCUAGGAUUAAAUCCACGGACUCAAAAUUAUGCCACUAUACAUUCCACAUCAAGAAAGAAAGUAGACAAGAAACAUUGGAAAAGAAAUGCUGAUAAAGACUGCUCUGCCUGUCCAAAACUAGAAAAUAAUUUUGAUGACAUCAAGCACACGACUCUUGGUGAGCGAGGAGCUCUUCGAGAAGCAAUGAGGUGCCUGAAAUGUGCUGAUGCCCCCUGUCAGAAGAGCUGCCCAACUAAUCUAGACAUCAAAUCAUUCAUCACCAGUAUUGCGAACAAGAACUACUAUGGAGCAGCGAAGAUGAUCUUUUCAGAUAAUCCACUGGGUCUGAGUUGUGGAAUGGUGUGUCCAACUUCGGAUCUUUGUGUAGGUGGAUGCAAUUUAUAUGCAACAGAAGAGGGACCAAUUAAUAUUGGUGGCUUGCAGCAGUUUGCUACAGAGGUAUUCAAAGCAAUGAACAUUCCACAAGUCAGAAACCCUUCUCUGCCUCUUCCAGAAGAUAUGCCUACAGCUUACUCUGCAAAGAUUGCUCUUCUUGGUGCUGGGCCCGCAAGUAUAAGCUGUGCCUCCUUUUUGGCUCGAUUAGGCUACUCUGACAUCACUAUAUUUGAAAAACAAGAAUAUGUGGGUGGUUUAAGUACAAGUGAAAUUCCUCAGUUUCGGCUGCCAUACGAUGUUGUGAAUUUUGAGAUUGAACUCAUGAAGGACCUUGGAGUGAAGGUAAUACGUGGCAAAGAACUUUCAGUGACUGGGAUGACCCUUGGUACUUUGAAGGAAGAAGGCUACAAAGCUGUUUUCAUUGGAAUAGGUUUACCAGAACCAAAUAAAGAUAGCAUAUUCCAAGGACUAAGUGUGGACCAGGGAUUUUACACAUCAAAAGACUUCUUACCACUGGUGGCCAAGGCAAGCAAACCAGGAAUGUGUGCCUGUCACUCCCCAUUGCCAUCGAUACAGGGAGCUGUGAUUGUACUUGGUGCCGGAGACACUGCUUUUGACUGUGCAACAUCUGCUUUACGGUGUGGAGCCCGCCGUGUGUUCGUUGUCUUCAGGAAAGGCUUUGUUAAUAUAAGAGCCGUCCCAGAGGAGAUGGAACUUGCUAAGGAAGAAAAAUGUGAAUUUUUGCCUUUCCUUUCUCCGAGAAAGGUUAUAGUAAAAGGUGGGCGAAUUGUUGCUAUGCAAUUUGUUCGGACAGAGCAAGAUGAAUCUGGAAAUUGGAAUGAAGAUGAAGAUCAGCUAGUCCAGCUGAAAGCCGAUGUGGUGAUCAGUGCAUUUGGUUCAGUGUUAAGUGAUCCUAAAGUGAAAGAAGCCAUGAAUCCUAUCAAGUUUAACCGUUGGGGUCUUCCAGAAAUAGAUCCAGAAACUAUGCAAACCAGUGAACCAUGGGUGUUUGCAGGUGGUGACAUUGCUGGUUUGGCUAAUACUACAGUGGAGUCAGUGAAUGAUGGAAAGCAGGCUUCUUGGUAUAUGCACAAAUACAUACAGUCACAAUAUGGAGCUUCAGUUUCUUCAAAACCUGAGCUUCCUCUUUUUUAUACUCCUAUUGAUUUGGUGGAUAUUAGUGUAGAAAUGGCUGGAUUGAAGUUCCCGAAUCCUUUUGGUCUUGCUAGUGCACCUCCGGCUACCAGUGCAUCAAUGAUCCGACGAGCUUUUGAAGCAGGAUGGGGCUUUGCUGUGACCAAAACUUUCUCUCUUGAUAAGGACAUUGUGACUAACGUUUCCCCAAGGAUCAUCCGGGGCAUCACCUCAGGCCCUGUGUAUGGCCCAGGACAAAGCUCCUUCCUUAAUAUCGAGCUCAUCAGUGAGAAAACAGCAGCCUAUUGGUGUCAAUGUGUCACUGAACUAAAGGCCGACUUUCCUGACAACAUUUUAAUUGCUAGCCUCAUGUGCACCUAUAACAAAAAUGACUGGACUGAACUUUCCAAAAUGGCUGAGGCUGCUGGAGCAGAUGCCCUGGAGUUAAAUUUAUCAUGUUCCCACGGCAUGGGAGAGAGAGGAAUGGGCUUGGCCUGCGGGCAGGAUCCAGAUAUGGUGCGGAACAUCUGUCGUUGGAUUAGGCAGGCUGUUCGGAUUCCUUUCUUUGCCAAAUUGACCCCAAAUAUCACUGACAUCGUAAGCAUUGCAAGAGCUGCCCAGGAAGGUGGUGCAGAUGGUGUUACCGCCACCAACACUGUCUUGGGCCUGAUGGGACUCAAAGCAGACGGCACUCCGUGGCCCGCAAUUGGUUUAGGGAAGAAGACCACAUAUGGUAGCAUAUCUGGGACUGCCGUUAGACCCAUAGCCUUACGAGCUGUAGCAGCCAUCGCCAGAGACUUGCCUGGAUUUCCCAUUUUAGCCACCGGGGGAAUCGACUCCGCAGAAAGUGGACUGCAGUUUCUGCAAAGUGGAGCCUCUGUUCUACAGGUGUGCAGUGCAGUUCAGAAUCAGGAUUUCACUGUGAUUAAGGAUUACUGUACAGGACUCAAAGCCCUUCUUUAUCUAAAAAGCAUCGAGGAGUUAAAAGACUGGGAUGGCCAGAGUCCUGCGACUGUUCGCCACCAGAAAGGGAAACCAGUUCCUCGAAUUGCAGAACUCACUGGAAAGAAAUUGCCAAGCUUUGGUCCUUACCUUGAGCAGCGGAAAAAAAUUAUGGCAGAGAACAAGAUAAAACUGAUGGAGCAAAAUGGAAGUUUUUCACCUCUGGAAAAAAGCUACUUUGUUCCCAAGAAGCCCAUUCCAAAAAUCAAGGACAUAAUUGGGAAAGCACUGCAGUACAUUGGAACAUAUGGUGAACUUAACAAAAUAGAGCAAGUCGUGGCUCUGAUUGAUGAAGAAAUGUGCAUUAACUGUGGGAAAUGCUACAUGACCUGCAAUGACUCUGGAUACCAGGCCAUACAGUUUGAUCCCAAUACCCACCUGCCCACCGUCAACGACAGUUGUACUGGUUGUACUCUGUGUCUCAGUGUCUGCCCGAUUAUUGACUGCAUCAAAAUGGUUUCCAGGACAACACCUUAUGAACCAAAGAGAGGCUUGCCCUUAGCUGUGAAUCCAGUGUAUUAAGGUGAUUAGUUUAACAGUCGUGGCGAAUUGAGAGUCACCAGUGGAAAUGGAUAUGUUUUCUAAUUAGAUCAUUAUUUUUAAAUCUUUCUACAUAAAAAUAACCAGGAUUAUAAUAGUAACAGUAAUAAUAAUAAUAACAACAACCAUGUUAGGCUGCCCAUAGCUAUAAAUUCUAAUGAUUCUUUUCAGAGAAAAGUUUUGUGAGACGUUAGCUAUCCUUUGGUUAAUUAGAUGUUUUCUGUCAAUUCUGUCCAUUGUCGAGAAACAUUAACUUUUCUUUGGCAAUUAAUGCUCCAGUUUCCAAAUUACCCUGUGCUGGGCUCUGUCUUUAAUUCCUAAUUGUAAGUGAAAUUAAGUAUUUUGGAACAAAGUACAAUUUAACAUACAAGAAAACCGUUGCCGAGGAAACAUUUUAUAAUUAAAAAUUACAUUUAAUUUUAACACUGUUUCUUCAAAAAUGUAAUUAGCUCCAUAAAGCACAAAUGAAGCAAGUUAUUUUACUAUGGAAAGAAAAGAAAGGAAGCUUUAAAUAGGGUUAUAAAAGGUAGAUUAAGUAUUCUCAGCCAACAUAAAACCUAGCUUCUCCUUUGUACCAGGCACACACAUAGAUACAAAGCAUGAGUAUUUGCUAACCAUCACCAUUACUGCCAUUCUCCCCUCUUGCUUCAGAAAGGUGUCUAAAAUCCAUACCAAAGGAUACAAAGUAUUUUCCUUUAAAUGUUCAGUUUAUGUUCUUCAACUAUGAGCUUAUUCUGCUCUAAAACCUCAUUUCUGCUAUGGAGUGAAUUUAUUCUAUGUACUUUUAUUAACUUUCCGAAUUUACAUAUUAAAAGGCAGUAUGGCAAAGCUGGCCUGGAAAUGAGGAAAACUGGGUUCACGUUCUUACUCAGACAUGUGCUGGCCCUGUGAUUUUAGGGAAGUUGCAACCUAGGAAACUCUCUAAGAUUUUAAGUAAAGAUAAAAUUAGUGAGAAGAAAUUCCACACCAGUUCUUUAUACUAAUGCAUUCACAGAUAUAGACCAGUAGAAAAUACAAAUUUAAAUAUACAUUUGAGUCAAACUUAAAUUAUAUGGUGGCGCAUACAUUGAAUUACUCAAGAAUUAAAAUAUAAUAUACAAAUAAUAUAUAGUAAGUUUGUCUUUCUUUUCCUCUCUUUAAAUGUUCCAGAACUAUAAAUAUAUAGUCAAAAAAGAAAUUAACGUUUUUAAUAUUUCUUAGAAUUUGUUUUUAGAAUCACUUAAUCUUUACUUUUCAGAAUAUUCUCAUACAAGUCUAUUUCUAUUUUAGAAUUUCUAUGUUCCAUUAAUAUAUAAGAUAAAUCUAUCAGCAAAGUAUGAUAUGUCUAUUCCUGUGCCAAAGAGCAAGAUUUAAAAAAAUUAAAUUCCAAUUGUAUGUUUUUUUAUAAAUCUUUAUUUAAUCCAGUCUCUGUAUUUCAAAUAAAAAAAUUAAAUAAAAAUUUAUUUUAAGCAA